AGAGAGGGAGGGCAGGGGGAGGAGGGGGAGGCCCGGCGGAAGCCACAAACCCCAGCAGCCUCAGCCCCGGCAGAGUUUCGGGACGAAGCCUCUUGGAUUCUGUGAACUUUCUGCUAAGCCAUCCUCUCUCUGAGUUCCGUCUCGGGGUGUGCGAAAGAAGGGGGCACAGCACGGGGACUGGAGCCCAGGGAAACCGCCGAGGAUGCUGCCCCAGGAUCCAGGAGCCAUGGAGAAGAGACCGGGGGAGGGGACAAGCCCGGGAGAGGAGCUGUUCUUCUGAACCAGCAAAGCGGGGGAUUCCAGGACGAGGGAGGGGGGGCCCCCAGCGUGCUGCAGACGGAUGGCUGUGUCCUUGGAACAGAAGGGAAUCCAGCCUCCGCCUGCUGAGCCGUUAGCCAGAGACACGCUCCCUGGGACAAGUGGCCCCGGCUCUGCCCACUGACCACCCCCCCCAGCCCACGCCUCCUACACUCAUGGCUCUUCCCAGCCUCCAGCGACCUGAUGGUGGGUGUCCUUUGGGAACAUCCCCUUCCAGGGGAGAGAGGCACCUCCCGGGGGACUUCGGUUGCCACUGAGGCCCAGAAGGCCCAUGGAGACCCACUGCGCCACGGAAUCUCUGCCCAAAGCGCCCACCCCCGCGGACUCCAGCCUGCCGGCCCGUGGGAGGAAAAGCCAGUGACUUGUGGCCUGUGGGAGACACGGAGGCGGCCCCAGCCUGGGACCCGGCUCAAGGCUCUCUGAAGCAUCGGCCCAGGAAAGCACCUUUAUUCCAGCUCCUUCUCUCCCCGCCUCCCAGCGCUCAGAUUAAAUGUCCGGCGGUCAUGGGCCAAAGGGACACCAAAGGACUGCUGGGCCUUCCGCAGACCCUCUAACAGCACCCCGCUCAACCCCUUCCUGUCUCAAGGUCUGAUCAUCUGAGCCACGCCUGCGGGGGCGUCACCAGGCUCCAGGAAGGGGCUCCCCGUGGCUCUCCCGGACAGAGCCCUUGCCGCCUUCACCCCAGGGGUGAGCCAUGAUCCCACGUGCCACAAAGUCCCACCCUCCAGGGGCUGGGGCCUUGAUGUAGCCGCCCCGUCCAGCCCCUGGCCCUCCAGAUUCCAUGGCCCGAACCCGAGCCUGGCCGGGCUCCCCGCGGCUCUGCUGCUGCCUCCCGCCCCCCGACAUGGGUGACGGCUGGUCCCAGCUGCCGUGGCCGGGGCCACCGCACCCGGCCGUGCUGCUGGUCUCGCUCCUCCUGGCCGCGGGGGUGAUGCCCUCGGAGGCGGGCAGCAGCUGCCCCGUCCUCUGCACGUGCCAGAACCAGGUGGUGGACUGCAGCAGCCAACGGCUCUUCUCCGUGCCCCCCGACGUGCCCAGGGACACCCGCAACCUCAGCCUGGCCCACAACCGCAUCGCCGCCGUGCCCCCCGGCUACCUGACGUGCUACAUGGAGCUCCGCGUGCUGGACCUGCGCAACAACUCCCUGGUGGCGCUGCCCCCGGGCCUCUUCCUCCACGCCCAGCGCUUGGCACAUCUGGAUCUGAGCUACAACAACCUCAGCCACGUGCCCGCCGACAUGUUCCGGGAGGCGCACGGGCUGGUGCACAUCGACCUGAGCCACAACCCGUGGCUGCGCCGGGUGCACCCGCAGGCCUUCCAGGGCCUGCUGCAGCUCCGGGACCUGGACCUCAGCUACGGGGGGCUGGCCUUCCUCAGCCUCGAGGCCCUCGAGGGCCUGCCCGGGCUGGUGUCCCUGCAGAUCGGCGGCAACCCCUGGGUGUGCGGCUGCACCAUGGAGCCCCUGCUCAAGUGGCUGCGGAACCGGAUCCAGCGCUGUCCCGCGGAUUCUCAGCUGGCUGAAUGCCGAGGCCCCCCUGAAGUUGAGGGAACCUCCCUUUUCUCCCUCACCGAGGAGAGUUUCAAGGCCUGCCACCUCACCCUGACCCUCGACGAUUAUCUUUUCAUCGCUUUUGUGGGCUUUGUGGUCUCCAUCGCAUCUGUGGCCACCAACUUCCUCCUGGGCAUCACAGCCAACUGUUGCCACCGCUGGAGCAAGGCUAGUGAGGAGGAGGAGAUCUAGGGGGCUUCCUGACGGUACUCUGUGCCGCCAGCCACCCCUGCCCUUGACCACUGGAUCCCCUUCCUGGGUGCCCAACCUGGCUCUGGGGAGCUCUGUCCCUCUCUGGCAGGGCUCAGGUGAGGUCAGGAAAUGAACUCUCGUGUGAUCCAGGCACUGUGCGAGGAACCAGGGGUGUUUGGUGAGCGAGCCCCACCGCAUCCCUGGCCUCCAGGAACUUCCUUCAAAUAGAGGAGAACAACUUGAAAAUUACUCCCUUUCCCAAGGUGUUUUUGUCCCCCCCUGAGCACUUCGUUUGGGGUGUUCAGAGGUGGUGUCAUCAACCUUGCACAGAAAAGUUCAAGAGGAUUGGAGCGAGGGGGGAUUUGUGAACUGGGUCCUCAAAACACUUCUGCCUUGUCAAGUAGACAAAAGACCUGCGUGCCAAUGAUAGAUGCCAGAAUAGACACGGUGUGUUGAGAACAGUGAAGAGGGAAGUGGCCCAGGACCAAAAUUUGCCCUAUGAUACCUAAACAGUCAGCCCUCAGCAUUGCCCGCCACUGCCUCCUGAGGAUGGGAACACCUCCAUGCCAAUCCGCCUUGGUCUCCUCCUACCAGCAGCUACCAGAUGAAGUUCCCUCUUGGACUCCCCAUGUUCCACCCUGCAUGGGGCCUGCUGGUGAGGCCCCAGAUAGCAAGCAAAAGAAAGACACCUUCAACUCCCUUUCUCCUACCGAUGCCUGACUCAAACACUGGCUGCAGCAGAGAGAAGCGAGCUCAGCUGCAGAGGCAGCCAGAGUCGUGUGGCACCAGGACUGGUCCUGUAUGGUACUUCCAUCAGGGGAUCUCACCAUAAAAGCGCACCACGGGCUCCAGCCUUGUCACAUGACUGUUCCCAGGCCUGUAGGAGGCAAAAGAGACUCAGUUGUGACUGUAAGAACACUUGCUCUUUUCACCAGCUCACCAUGUAAGCAAAAGGAUGGGAGAUUUUUAGAGCUUUGAAGGACAUGAUUACCAAGCACUGGCCAGGGGCAGGCACUAGGAUGAUUCCCUUUUUCUGCACAACGUAGGACAUCAGGGUGCACAUUGUCAUUCCCAUUCUACAGAUGAGGAAAUCAAGGCUCAGAGAAGUCAAGGCUACUUCCUGAGAAAAAUGAGUCUCUGCUCUUUCGACGACCCUUAUCCGAGCUUGGGGAAGUCAGUUCUCUCUACAACGAUCUCGAUUAAAACCCCAACCCUGCUGAGGAAGCUCUACACACGAGCCAGGCCCUCUUUCUAGAACUUUUACAUCUAUAGACUCAUUUAUCUCAAGAUCCACAGCAACACUGCCGGGACGAUGGGGGUGGGGGGAGUUAUUGUUCCUAUUUUUUCAGAUGACGUCAUUGUACAGAGCUGAGCAACUCAUCCCAGGCCAUCCAGAUUAACCCCAGAAGGAAGGUGACAGGCAGCUCCAUUCAGGGAAACUGUGUCUAUCCAGUCACUCAAACAUCAAGUAACUUCAUGGGCAAAGCACAAGUUUCACCGUCGUCGUCGUCAUCUGCAUCUUCCCCUCCAGUUUCUGCGACGGCUGUAGCUUCCCCGCAUUUGUUCAGCACUGGACAGGUCCCGCAGUGCUGCAGCGUCCCUCUCCAUUACUUUUCCCAAACCUGUGUGUGACGCAAACCAAACAUUGUGACUCCCUUCUGGCAUAGGUGGAAAACAGAAACUCAAGAGUGGGUGUGACUUGCCUACGUGACAAGCUGGGACUCAAAACCAGCUGAAUUCUCUUCCCAGGGCUUUUCCGGAUGCUUGAAAUGCCCGGGGAGGCUGGACAAGGAGGCGAUGGGAGUCAGCAGCCAGGAGAUUGCGUGCUAGGAAAUCAGCUCAAGAGAGGGCAGUAAAAUUCAGCCGCUGCACACAGAGAUGCUCAAGGUAGGGACAAUAUCAGCCUUUCUGAACCAUUGUAGCAGUCACAAAAACCUCUGAGUAGGAAAUACUUGCCCGGUGAUGUGCGAACCACACAUUUGAACUAGUGGGCACAGUAGCUGUCGUGCAAAAUAUAUCAGAUGGAUGAAACGGGGUGAAGGGGAGCUGGGCUAACUCCUCCCACUCCCACUUCACUGGUCCUUUGUUGUAUGAGACAGCAGGGGUAGGGUGAGAACUUCCGCAGGAAAGUGGAAAAUGGCAAGGCUUCAUCUUACAAGGUUGGGGAGCCUGGCCAGGAGGAGAAUUAGAGCUAGGGCUGUCUCCCUUGCACUCCCCUGCUCCCCCCUCCGCAUCAGCAGGCUUGCACCACCCCCUAGGGCUUAAAGGAAUGAAGGGGAAUUAUUUACCAUCUUCAGAAGUCUUCCCUACUCAUGCUUCCCUGAGCUAGUUAACCAAAUGAGUGUCCAGAAACUUUACCAGACCUGGGAUACUUGAACCUUAUGCUCCCUGAGUCCCACAUACAACACCUGGGUCAGCGCUCUGCUCCCGUGACGCCUAGAACAGAGCCUUGCUGUUCUUCACUAUGUCAGCUUAAAACGCUCGGAGAGGAAUCAUUAGCGUAAUAGUCCUAAUACAAAUAAUCAAUCCUCCCAUAGAGGGACACCUUAGGCAUCUGUAAUAACGUCCUAGAGAUUCCCGUGUGCUGAAAUAAGGGUAAUAUAUUUGAAAAUAUGUACUUCUCUUCACUAGAACUAGAACCAAACAAGAAUUGAACAUCCUUGAAGUCCAAUGUCCUUUCUUACCAGACUACCUAGCCUCCCCAUCCUUUACAAACAACUUUUCUAAGUAGAAUACAUGGGUUUUCCUGAGUUGAUGCUUAUCCAGCUACUAGCAGUUUCCCAGCUGACGAAACCAACUCAACAAGAAAAGCCUUCAUCUUUCCCACUUUUAAGGAACUUCCUGAUUCUCCCCGAUACCCCCUCCACUACUCUCUCAUGCAGGGCGUCAGAAGUCAGAUUCUAGAGUCGUGUUUCUAGACCAUCUAGAAGACCUGAGUGGAAUUCUUCCACAACUCUGCCAGCCAAGAACCCAUGGUGGUGUUCCGACAUGGAUUCACGAAGUUUUUCCAGCGUGGUUAUUACGUAAAUGUCGGGGUAUCUCUGAGUCCAUUUGUGUGUUUGUGAAGUUCUGUGUAUGUUGGGACUCCACAAAUAUGGGAACCAUCUCUCUGGGGAGAGGAAUUGGGAUUUAUUCUCUGACACUCUCUUCCACUGUCUGUUACUAUUAUGUCUUCUAGGAUAGAAUUCUAUGAGGGUUGGAGUAGGGAAAACUGCUCAGCAGUAUACGCAGCCUAAGAACAGUUUGAUUGGUUCCCUUAUUCCCUGCCUCUCAGAGAGUUGCCCUUAUUCCAGAAGUUUCUUUCCCACUCAUGUCAGGCUGUAAAAGCAGAGUUAAUCAACGAGGCUUUGACAGUCAAUGUCUGGACUAAGACAUUUUUUUCAAUGCAAAACCUCCCAUCCGUAUUAUAACACCGUUACUUCUGCCCAUCCUCAGAGAAGCCUUCACCUGUUUCUCUCCAUCACUACAGAGAUGCAGUGUACCUGACCAAAAGAUAUUACCAGAGUCAAUGGUUCCUUUCAAGGAAGUUGACUUAUGGAAUUUGAGCGUACACAAAUUUCUCUUCAAUCAUCCAGGAAGUCUUACCCACCUCACCUUUGUCCCUGUAGAUGUCUUUGUGGCUAUCACGAUGACAUUCUUUCCAGCUCUGUAACAAGAGGUAGGCUUCUUUUCUCAGAGGAAUGGCUUCCAGAGGCUAAAGAAAUUUUUCCGCUCUCCACGCCUCAGAAGGAGGCAAAGGGAACAAAGGGAGGCAAACAACAGGGUCCUUGUACAUCACCACCGUGUUUGCUACCCCUGGGUCAGGGGUCCCGGGUCCACAGAAGCUCUCCGUUUUUCUAAGCAUUGUCCCGUGGAAUGUUGAUGUCGGGGAGU